AUGUGGAGCCCAGUCGACAUGCGACAUUCUUCAACUCGGCAAAGACGCCGCCGAGAGCAACGCAUCUCGCGCGCUCGUGCUACAUCCAAGCUACUACAGCCCCCCUUUAUCGACGACGAAAGAAUCGUCCAGCACUUUCACAACUUCGAAGACGAAUCGCCCAUCCCGUUGGUCAUCUGCAACUUCCCCGCGGCAGCGUCGGAACUUGACCUCAUCUCGGACGCCGUCUUCCGCCCCGCGCAGCACCUCAUGAAAGAAGCUUCGGACGUCUUCCAAGGCAGAGAGCUAGGGGGCUGA